AAGAGCGCAUAGUCUCUCUGGCGGCGUCCUGUUCAGUGCUACGCUCACCAUUGAUUUUGGAUACAUACAACUGAAUCAUUUCCAACCUCGUCAUUCCCUGUUCUAGCUCCACCAGUCUGGAUUUAGAUAAACUUGUUUGGAUUUGAAAACAGGAAAUGAAUGAGCGUCUCUAUUUGGCAUGCUAGAUAAAUAACUUAGUACUCAAUACGGUUGUUCUUUUGGCUUAGAGAAAAACACUGGAUUUCUUCCCAUGCGCAUUUGCAGAUACAGUGCAGCACACGGUUGAAGUUCCCAGGGCUCAUUAAGUUUGCAACUCCUGUGGUCAUACUAAUCGCCCGUGAUGCAUGUGGGAAAUGUAGAGAAAUGCACGCAACAAGCGGACGCGCCACAAGUGCCUCUGUUUCGCGCUAGUGACCAGCAUUUCUGAGAUAGAGUUGGCGUCGUAGACAGGGUCUAUGUGGAAAAAAUGGCCUUACUUGAUGGAUCUGCGUUCAAUAAUACCACAGACACAGGGAUGGAGAACCGCACCAUCAUGCCAUAUUAUCGACACUCAGCUGCUAUGGCCAUGAGUUACAUUCUGUCCUACGUUGUUGUGCUUCUUCUAUGUGUUGGCGGCAACGGACUCGUCUGUUUUGUCGUACUGCGCAACCGCAACAUGCGCUCCGUGACAAACCUGUUCAUUUUAAACUUGGCCAUCAGCGAUCUACUCGUAGGAGUAUUCUGUGUGCCUACCACAUUGAUUGACAGCUUGAUAUCAGGUUGGCCAUUUGACCAGAUGACGUGCACCAUGAGUAAUCUGGUUCAGGGGAUGUCUGUCUCAGCCUCUGUGUUCACGUUGGUGGCUAUAGCAGUAGACAGGUUCACCGGUAUCGUGUACCCCUUCAGACACCGGACGCGUCCCGUCACCGCACUGUUCGCCAUCCUCUUCAUCUGGCUGCUGGCCUUCGCGGUGAUCUUCCCGUCGGCCGCCACGCUGACCGUGGAGCACUACGACAACGCCUACGUGGAGCAGGGCAACCGCACCUACCCGCUGCUGGUGUGCUACGAGGACUGGCCGCGGCCGGAGAUGCGCCGCGUCUACACCACAGUCAUCUUCGUGCACGUGUACCUGGCGCCGCUGCUGCUCAUCAGCGCCAUGUACGGCUGCAUCGCCGCCAAGCUCUCCACUAAGCUGCGGCAGACGGGCCUGGCCGAGACGCGGCUCAUGCGCUCGCAACGCCGCGCCAAGGUCAUCAAGAUGCUCAUCGUGGUGGCGCUGCUCUUCAUGCUGUCCUGGCUGCCGCUGUGGACGCUCUGGCUGCUGGCGGACUAUCGGGACUUGGACCCGCAGCAGAUCGACCUCCUCAGCAACUACCUUUUCCCCGUGGCGCACUGGCUGGCCUUCGUCAACAGCGGCAUCAACCCCAUCAUCUACGGGUUCUUCAACGAGAACUUCCGCCGCGGGUUCCAGGCCGCCAUGGCGUGCCGCUCCUGCACCACGCUGGGCGUGAUCGUGCACCCCCUGCGCUUCAUCAUGCCGCCGCCCAACAAGGUGUCGCACGAGGACUCGGCGCCCGCGCCUGCGCCCGUACAGCAGCCACCGCCGCCACCGGUGAUGUGCGGGUGGAAGAAUGGACGCUAUGCCACCCGAGCCCCUCCCCAGGGCAUCCAGCUGCAAGAGAUCAACAGGCUGGGGCUCAACAACCGCGUGAUGGGCGCGUGGGUGGAGUGA